UUUGUGGCGCCACUAUAUAACCGCCAAAUGCCGGUUAUUGUACGAGAGCUACCGUUAUUCCGAUCGAACGUAACCAGUGUCAGCGUUGCGUAUUAAUCGGCAUUAUCUCGCAAAUUGCACGUUUCCGAAGUGGAAGAGAAUUGAAGAGACUCGGCGAAAUGAGCGACGACUUGCCGUAUCGGGCGGAAUAUGCGAAAAGCGAUCGCUCCAAGUGUCAAUCAUGCAAACAAUCUAUCACCAAGCAGAGCUUGAGACUCGCUGCUAUUGUUCAGAGUCCUGUCCAUGAUGGAACAAUACCUAGAUGGUAUCAUUUUAAUUGCUUCUUUUUAAAACAAAGACCAAAAUCUACUGCUGAUAUAGCUGGCUUUGAUGAAAUUCGCCAUGAAGAUCAGGAAGUAAUUCAGAAAAAAAUUGAAGAAUCUCUUAAUGCACCUCCCGUAUCUGCAAAAGGAAAAAAAAGAACAAAAGGUGGUAGCAGUGGCUCAAGUGAUUUUCGAGUAGAAUAUGCUAAAUCUAAUAAAUCUACUUGUAAAGGAUGUGAUGAAAAGAUAAUAAAAGGUGAAAUGAGAAUAUCAAAAAAGGAUUAUGAGACUGCGGAAGCUAGGAGGUUUGGUGGUUUAGAUAGGUGGCAUCAUGUGGAAUGUUUUGUGAAACUAAGGGCAGACUUAGGAUAUUAUGGGAGUGGAGAUGAGCUACCAGGUACUAAAGAGCUCUCAAAAGAAGAUAGAAACAGUCUCAAAACUGCGCUACCAAAAAUAGCUCAAGGUGAUAUGCCACCACCUCCUAAAAAGAUUAAAGACGAACCAGAAGAUGCAGAGGAGGCAAAAUUGAUGAAAAAGCAAAAUGAAGAACUGUAUGCUAUAAAGGAUCAAAUAUCAGGUCUUGAAAAAAAUCAAUUGGUUGCAUUAUUGGAAAAAAACCAUCAAGAAAUUCCUACAGGCACCUCAAAUAUUGUAAAUCUUGUAUCUGAUAUACUGUAUUUUGGAGCUCUAGAACCCUGUCCAAGAUGCAAAGGACAACUUAUAUAUAAUUCUGGUUUGGGUUAUAAAUGCACUGGUAAUGUAACAGAAUGGACCAAAUGUGACUAUGUUACUCAAGAUCCAAAAAGAAAAAAGUGCGAAAUACCAAGUGACAUGAAGAAAAAAUUUCCAAUUAAGUCAUACAAGUCUAAGGUGAAAAAACGAGUGUUUAAGAUAACAGCACCAUCAUCAUCGAGCUCUGUUAAAGAAGAAGUAGAUGGCCCAAAAAUACAAGGAAAACCACGUCCUUUGAAGAAUAUGCAGUUUGUUAUAUUAGGUCGUACACAGAAAGAUAAAGAAGAAUUGAAGAAAGAAAUUUUAUUGUUAGGUGGUACUGUUACUACAAAAAUUCAUGAAGAUUUGGCUGCUGUAAUUUCGAAUCAGAAUGAAUUAGAAAAGAUGAAUAAAAGAAUGGAAGAUGUUCAAUCAUGUGAUAUUCAAGUAAUAACGGAAGAUUUCAUAGAAGAAGCAAAAGAAUACACGGAUGCUCCCAUCAUGCUUUUAAAGAAGAAAACCAUUUCUAGUUGGGGUGGCGAUAUAAAUGCUAGACUUUCUAACGUUAUUGCAAAAUCUAAUGCCUCCAAGAGUAAAAGCAAGUUCGAGAAAUCGAGUUCUGGCAAAGUGAAGGUAAAGGUGAAAGGUGGUGGAGCUGUUGAUCCUGAUAGUGGCUUGGAAAAUUGUGCGCAUAUCUAUCAAAAGGGAAAAGAUAAAUAUACUGCGACAUUAGGCCUGACAGAUAUACAAUCAAAGAAGAAUAGUUAUUACAAGUUGCAAAUUUUAAAACAUGAUAAAUUUGAAAGAUAUCAUUUGUUUAGAAGUUGGGGUCGGAUUGGUACAACGAUUGGCGGUAACAAAUUGGAAGAAAUGGCUUUGGAAGAUUGUAUAGAGCAGUUUGAGAACUUGUAUGAAGAAAAGAGUGGUAAUCAAUGGAAAAACAGACAGCACUUUGUUAAGAUGCCAAAUUUAAUGUAUCCGAUUGACUUAGAUCAUGGUGAUGAGGAGGUUGCUUCUUUAGAUUCGGACAUCAAGAGUAAUUUGCAGAAACCAGUUCAGGAUCUUAUGCGCCUUAUUUUUGAUGUAGCUGAAAUGAAGAAAGUUAUGUUAGAAUUUGAACUAGACAUGGACAAAAUGCCGCUUGGAAAAUUGUCUAAGAAACAGAUUGAGAAAGCUUACGCAGUUCUAACAGAACUGCAAGAGAUAUUGAAAAAGAAUAAUAUAGACCAUACCACACUGAUUGAUGCUUCCAAUAGAUUUUACACGCUGAUACCUCAUAAUUUUGGCAUUUCUGGUCCGAAAAUUCUCGAAACAUCGGAGGAGAUUAAAAACAAAUGCGACAUGUUGGACGCGUUGCUCGAGAUGGAGAUUGCCUAUAAUCUUUUGCGUGAUAAGACCGACGAAAAGCAGAAUCCACUCGAUAAUCAUUACAAACAACUAAAGACGGAUAUCGACGUGUUGGAUAAGACAAGCGAAGAAUUCAAGAUGAUCGAGAAAUAUGUUCAAAACACUCACGCAGCUACUCAUACGCAGUACAAGCUCGAGAUCGAGGAAGUCUUUGUCGUUAAGAGACAUGGAGAAGAUCAGAGAUUCAAACCCUUCAAGAAAUUGCCCAAUCGAAAAUUGCUCUGGCACGGAUCCAGGACUACGAAUUUCGCGGGAAUAUUGUCCCAAGGUUUACGUAUCGCGCCACCGGAAGCGCCCGUUACUGGUUAUAUGUUUGGCAAAGGUAUAUAUUUUGCCGAUAUGGUGUCGAAAUCUGCAAAUUAUUGCUGCACACAUAGUCAAAAUCCGACCGGUUUGUUGCUGCUCUGCGAAGUCGCCCUAGGCAACAUGUAUGAGAGAUAUAAAGCGGAUUACAUCGAGAAGUUACCAAAAGGCAAACAUUCCACACUAGGUCGUGGUCAAACAGAACCUGAUUCUAAAGAUAUCUAUAAACUCGACGGCGUCGAAGUACCCUAUGGAGUGGGAGUACCUGCAACUCAUAAUAAAAAGUCAGAUUUAUUAUACAAUGAAUACAUUGUAUACGAUGUGGCUCAAGUGAAAGUGCGAUAUUUGAUAAGAAUGAACUUCAAGUAUAAAUAUUAAAAUAUGUAAUAUGGAGAUAUGUGAUAACACCUUGAUAUGUUGGUUAUUAAUCAUGGUAUGCUUUCAUUUACUGAUAUUAUAUUUUUAAUAUCAAGUUAUUUUCAAGAAAAAGAUUCUAAUUUUUGUUCCAAUAAGUUACAACUGUUAAAAAAUAAUUUCAUAAUAUUAUUUUAUUUCAAUGAUAAUUUUUUAAUUUAACGUGUUUUAUGGUGUGUAUUCAAACGCAAUUUGCUUAUUUGUAGUAAAUACUCCGUGCUACCUCGAAUAUUAACUGUAAGAUUAUUCACAAUAAAUAUUUCGC